AUGCAAUUUCAAAAUGCACCUAAUUGGCUCACCUUCAGUAGGGCGUGUCUGUCGGCUUUACUGUCUAUGCCUAUCGGUUACAAGUACCUCCGACUCAUAGAUAGAAUAUGUGUUCCUGGUUUUCCUAAUAUGGGUACAGUUCAAGUGAUGGAAAGUUCUUCGCUAGUCUUUGCAGCUGGCGCACCCAGGAUUCGAACGCCCCGUCAGGCAAACGUUAUCACCAGAAAUUCGAGUGUCGACAUAUUUUUGCGCGGACGCGCAUGCGCACUCUUUUUUUUUUACUUUAUCUUUCUUUUCUGCUUUAUUUUUACUUUCUUUCUUCUUCUAAUCUUUCUUUCUUCUGUCAUUCUUUUUUCUUUCUUUCUUUCUUUCUUUCUUUCUUCUUUCUUUCUUUCUUUCUUUCUUUCUUCUUUCUAUCUUUCUUUCUUUCUUUCUUUCUUUAUUCUUCCACUCUUUUUUCUUUCUUUAUCCAUUCUUUCUUUCUUUCUUUUUUCCUUUCGUUUUUCUGUUUAUUUCUUUUUCUUUCUUUUUCUAUCUUUUCAUUUUUCUUUAUUUUUCUUUUCUUUCAUUUUUCCAUUUCUUUUCUAUAAUCAUUUUUUUUACUUUCCAUUUUCUUUUCACUUUUUCUUUUCACUUUUUCUUUCUUUAUGUUUCUUUUUUCUUUUUACUUUUCUUUCUUUUUUCUUUUUUCUUUCUUUCAUUUUUUAUACAUCGUUUUCUUUCUUUUCUUUUUUCCAUUUCAUUUCUUUUCUUUACUUUUUUACUUUCUUUUUUCUUUCUUUUCUAUCCUUCUCUCUUUUUUCUUUUUCUAUUCCUAACUCCUUUUCCCCAUCAGUUUUUCUUUUCUUCUGGCCAUCAUGUUCGCUUAACAACUGCAUAAUGGACGUACAUCCACCAUGGGGAAAACAAAAAGAGACCAUUCCACGCAUCGACCCUUCUGAUGCUCUCUCUCUCUCUCAUUCUCUCUCUCUCUCUCUCUCUAUUCCCCGCAUCCCGUCAUCCCUCCCUCCCCUAUCUCGAUCAGUUUUUCACCUCCCCACUUUCUUUCUCGUCUUUCCAGAUCUCCCUUCUGGGACAACAGAGACCAUAAUUAGUCAUCAGCUCUUUCGAAAGUCUCUCUUUCUCUCCUUUCUCUCUCUCUCUCGCUCUCUCUCUCUCUCUCUCUCUAUCUAUCUAUCUAUCUAUCUAUCUAUCUAUCUCUAUCACUAUUUUCUAUCUAUCUAUCUAUCUAUCUAUCUAUCUAUCUAUCUAUCUAUCUAUCUAUCACUAUGUUCCUUUAUCUAUCUAUCUGUCUCUAUCACUAUGUCUAUAUUAUCUGUCUCAAAUUCUCUAUAUAUAUUUUCCACUCUCUCUCUCUCUCUCUCUCUCUCUCUCUCUCUCUCUCUAUGUAUCUAUCUAUCUCUAACCACCCCAACCUCUAUCUCGAUCUAUCUCUGUCUAAAUAUUCCUCUCUUUUUAACUAUCUAUCUCUAUCAUUCUCGUUCUUGCUCUAUCUUUACCCCGAAAUACCCUUAUCCUUUUCUCACUCAUUCACUUUAUCUAUCUAUCUAUCUAUCUAUCUAUCUAUCUAUCUAUCUAUCUAUCUAUCUAUCUAUCCUCUCUCUUUCUUUCACUCUCUCCAUCUCUCACUUACUCACCCUCUCUUAUAUCAAUCCCAUUCAGCAACAAUCUACUUUGAAUGACUCUUAG